GUCUCGUAACCUCCAGUGUCAGCGGAUUUUCCAGGUGAACGCUCCUAUUAACUGUGUCUGCUUGCAUCCCAACCAGGCAGAGCUAAUUGUGGGUGAUCAGAGCGGUGCCAUUCACAUCUGGGACCUGAAGACAGACCACAAUGAGCAGCUGAUUCCAGAGCCUGAAGUUUCUGUGAAUUCGGUUCACAUUGACCCCGAUGCCAGUUAUAUGGCAGCUGUCAACAGCUCGGGAAAUUGCUACGUAUGGAACCUGACGGGUGGCAUCGGAGAGGAGGUGACCCAGCUGAUCCCCAAGACCAAGAUCCCAGCGCACAACCGCUACGCUCUUCAGUGCAAGUUCAGCCCCGACUCCACGCUCUUGGCUACAUGUUCUGCAGAUCAGACGUGUAAGAUCUGGAGGACUUCAAACUUCUCUCUGAUGACAGAGCUGAGCAUUAAGAGCAAUAACCCAGGGGAGACGUCUCGGGGCUGGAUGUGGGACUGUGCGUUCUCCGGGGACUCCCAGUACAUCGUCACAGCUUCCUCUGAUAACUUGGCCAGACUCUGGUGUGUGGAGACAGGAGAAAUCAAGAGGGAAUACAGCGGCCACCAGAAAGCAGUUGUCUGCCUCGCUUUCAACGACAGCGUGUUGGGAUAAUGGUCACAUGUAGGAAGGAAAAGACCUCUGCUUCUUCUCCCUUGUCUUACAGCAGCAAGCACCCUCUCUGGAGCCCGAGACACGCACCUGUAACGAUCCCCUCCUCUGAUGGAGCAGGCUCGGUCUCUGGGAGAAGCAGCUGCAUCUGCCGGGGGUGAGACCAGGCUUCAGCUCUGAGCAGAUCAUUACCAAAACGUGUGUGGCCUCUAAGG